CAAACAAACGCUUUUAGCUUUAGAACAUUUCCACUGGCACUCCCACUAUAAUCUAUAUUGUUCAGCCAUUUCGUUCCUAUGGGUCAUCUAACUAUGAACCGAACCAAUUGUUCGGUUGUUCAUUUGCUUUGCGUUUACUUAGGCACAUGCUGCGACAUCACAGUCAGCGGCGAACAUGUUUCAGUCUCGUUUUUCACCCAACCCGGUUGUGUCCGGCUCCUCAGAGUGCGCACGUCUUACUUUCAUCAUUGCCACAGGUCACGAAGCUGCUGCCUCCUCCGUCGCUUACUGGCUACCGCCACGCUCCUGGGAGUUUGCGAAGGAUGACUGACACUAACCUGGACCAUCACUUCAAUAUCAUGAACGCAUCAAUGAACUACAACUGCCGCCGAUCGUCACAUCACGUAGUAGAUACCACGCAACAUCACUCCCGCUAUACCCUAGUAUUACACUUAGCUUUACACAUUGUAUCUCCCAUUCUUGAUGUCACAUACAUGAUGAUACUUUUCGGAAUGACACUCGUAG